AGUAGACAAAUGUGCCUCGUGUGCCUCGGGGAAAACUGCUGCAAUGGACCCAGUGUCAGUGGAACGGCCUUCAAUGCUAAAUUUGCUCAACAUCCGACUGCCGUCACGAGUUGGACCCAGGAUCGAUGUCUUUGGCACAUACCUCCUCCGAGACAAUGAUGGGAACAAGAUGGCCAACAUUGCUGCUAAUUGUCAGGGCAAACCAGAGAGUAUGGCAAUGGAGGUUCUGAGGGAGUGGCUGGCAGGGAAGGGGGUGGAGGUGUCGUGGGAGAGCCUCGUAGCAACUCUGAAGAAAAGUGACCUCUCGGGCGUGACCGACGACGUACAGAUGAUGCUAGAACAGCUACGAUCUUAGAAUAUUAAUGAUGUGUGUGUUAUGACAAGUUUCAUGUUGUAGAAAGAUAGUGCUGCAAGUGUACAUAAGUGG